GGUCCCGCUCGUGGGUGUUCGCUGCCCGGCGGAGCGAGGCUCAGCGCGGACCGGCCCUGCAUGCCGGCUGUCGCUCCUGCCGGGCUCCUUCCCGCCUCGCUGCUGCCUGCGGGGCGCCGCUGCCCGGGGGCCAUGGCGGGGCCGCCCGGCGGGCCGUAGGUGCGGAGCUCAGAUCCAACACAAAACUCAUGUGAGCUUGCACAUCCUGCCUAAUGGAAUAGCUCAUACUUUCACUUCUGUAAGAGAAGAGAUUUGGAUUCUUCCUGGUGGCAGUGAUCCUACCCACCCACUGAGUAUCCAUGGGGUACAGAUCAUGCCACUGGACUGCAUUUGGGUAAAGAUGAGUACACUGUUUCUCUGAGGAGUCUUCCAACACAUUUUCCAAAUUACCUUUCAAUGGUGUUCUAAGUGAGCUUAUGUGAAACGAAUAAUAUUGGAUCAUGAGUGAAGAAAAAAACUUCGGUGCAUCCCAGAAAAUGUUGUCUCCUUCAAGAAGUACUAGCAGCUGCUCCUCCAAGCAGGGAAGUCGACAGGACAGCUGGGAAAUUGUAGAAGGACUCCGGGGAGCAAUGAAUUGUACCCAGGAGCCACAGAAGCAGGAGGGCUGCUUGCUGAAAAAGAGGAAGUGGCCUCUGAAAGGCUGGCAUAAGAGAUACUUCUUUUUGGACAGAGGCAUCUUGAAGUAUUCUAAAUGCCGAGCUGAUAUAGAGAGAGGAAAACUUCAUGGCUGUAUUGAUGUUGGACUUUCUGUCAUGUCUGUAAAGAAAUCAACAAAAUGUAUAGAUUUGGAUACAGAGGAGCAGAUAUACCACCUGAAGGUGAAGUCUCAGGAGCUGUUUGAUGAAUGGGUAGCAAAACUUCGCCAUCACAGGAUGUACCGUCAGAAUGAAAUCUCCAUGUUUCCUCACGACGCCAAUAACAUUUUCUUCCCUGUGUCUACUACUACAGACUCUGUCCCAGGUUUCUGUGAUUCUACACCAGGUAGAAAGGCAGGCAGCUUGACCAAACAGAGUUCAAUGUCAACUGGAGGUAAUUUGUCGUUUUCUUUUUCGAGUAAUGAGUCCAGGAUUUCAUCUUGGCUACAGUCUUCUGAAGACAUGGAAAAAUGCUCAAGAGACCUCUCCAACUGUCACACAUAUUUACUGGAAAUGAACCAGCUGUUACAGAGCAUGGAUGUUCUUCACAGGACAUAUUCAGCGCCUGCCAUAAAUGCUAUGCAGGUGGGACCUUUUGAAAGCCCAAAGAAGGAAAAGAGAACACACAGGAGGUGGCGAUCCAGAGUUGUUGGGAAAGAAGCCAAAGGAAUGUUACAGGUGCCUUCAGUAUUUUCUGCCCCUAUGAGACUGCAUGCUUCCAAUCCAAAUCUAUCUACGAUAGAUUUUGUAGAGGAGAAAAAUUACUCUGAUGGCUCCGAAACAUCAUCAGAAUUUACUAAAAUGCAGGAGGACUUAUUUCAUGUUGCACAUAAAGUUUACUUCACCUUGAGGUCAGCUUUCAGCACCAUAUCUACAGAGAGAGAAAAGCUGAAGCAGAUGCUGGAGUACGAUGCAUCCUCAUCUCCAUCUGCACAAAUAGUGGGCUUGAAGAAUGCCUUAACAUCUGCAAUAGCACAAAACACAGAUCUUAAAGACCGGUUACGCAGAAUACAUGCCGAAUCUAAGAUCAUUGAUUCAGCAUCUAAUGCAAAAUCAAGCCCAGAUUUGGUGAAGGAAAAUUCAAGAGAGGAAGGCAGAGGUCUGGUUCACCAGGUUUCCAAUGAAAGCAGACUGUCUAUCGCUGACUCUCUCACAGAAUUUUUUGAUGCACAGGAAGUCCUGCUGUCUGCUAGUUCUUCAGAAAAUGAGGUAUCAGAUGAUGACUCAUAUGUAAGUGAUAUCAGUGAUAAUGUGUCAGAAGAUAACCUUAGCAAUGACAUAGAGAAUGAAAGACAAACUUUAGAUUGUAUUUCUGAAAGCGGAAUUGGAUGCAAUUCUAAACGGAGAACGUGUUUACCAGCACCAUGUCCUAACACAAGUAACAUCAGCCUGUGGAAUAUCCUGAGGAAUAACAUAGGAAAGGAUCUCUCCAAGGUGGCCAUGCCCGUUGAGUUGAACGAGCCGCUGAACACGCUGCAGCGCCUCUGCGAGGAGCUGGAGUACAGCGAGCUCCUGGACAAAGCAGCGCACACACCAAACCCCUGCGAGCGCAUGGUAAAUACCCGACUCCCAAUACUCAGGAACAUGCAACAGAAUCAGAAUAGAGUGUACAUAGCUGCCUUUGCAGUCUCUGCCUAUGCAUCCAGUUACUACCGAGCUGGAAGUAAGCCAUUUAAUCCUGUGCUUGGAGAAACCUAUGAAUGUAUUCGUGAAGAUAAGGGUUUCCAGUUCUUUGCAGAACAGGUCAGUCACCACCCACCUAUUUCUGCAUGCCAUGCUGAAUCUGUAAAUUUUGCUUUUUGGCAAGAUGUCAGAUGGAAAAACAAAUUCUGGGGGAAGUCCAUGGAGAUUGUUCCAGUUGGCACAACACACGUAACCCUUCCAGCCUUUAAAGACCAUUUUGCAUGGAACAAGGUGACAUCCUGCAUCCAUAACAUCUUAAGUGGACAAAGAUGGAUUGAACACUAUGGAGAGAUCAUCAUAAAAAAUCUUAAUGAUGACACGUGCCACUGCAAACUGACUUUCAUAAAGGCAAAGUAUUGGAAUCCAAAUGCACAUGAGAUUGAAGGCAGUGUCAUGGAUAAAUCUGGGAAAGUUGUGCAUCGACUCUUUGGGAAGUGGCAUGAAAGUUUAUACUGUGGGACAACUUCAUCUUCAAACUGCAUAUGGAGAGCAAAUCCAAUGCCUAAAGAUUAUGAACAGUGGUAUGGAUUUACACAAUUUGCACUGGAGUUAAAUGAACUGGACCCACAAACUAGGUCAUUACUCCCAUCCACCGAUACACGUUUUAGGCCAGACCAAAGGUUUCUAGAAGAAGGGAAUAUUGAAGGAGCUGAAAUGCAAAAGCAGAGGAUCGAGCAGCUACAGAGAGAACGACGGAAGGUGCUAGAAGAAAACAAUCUAGAGCAUCAGCCUAGAUUUUUCAGGAAAUCCAGCGAUGACUCCUGGGUGAGCAAUGGAACCUACAUGGAACUUAGAAAAGAACCUGGUUUUUCCAAACUGGACAAUCCUGUCCUCUGGUGAAAGAGGAGCUAAGUGAAGAUAUUCUGUGCUGUAUUCUCGGAUCUGAUUUAAAAGACAUAUGUAUAAAAUAUAACUAUAUAUCUAUAUAUACACACCUAUAUAUACACACACAUACAGAAUGUAUGUGGUAUGUGCAAAUAUGCAUAUCUCCAGAAUCGUGCUUAAUUUAGAAUCUGAUAAUUCAUUUGUUUCCUUUACUCAACUGUUGCAGUGAUUGUUUGAAUGUAUAAAUAUCCUAACUUCCUUUUAUAAAAUAUUUAAUAAAUAGUACUGAAUGUUAACAGAUGGAAAAGAGAGGAGCUUUUACACUACUUUUUCAAUGUGUAAUAACGUCAGUUAAACUAUGCCUUACUGAAUUGCAUUGGAGACAGUAGCAUCAGCAUCUCCUAGCUGUGCUGAUGAAGAGUGCAAGCCUUAGUAACUCAAACUAUAGGUAGGCUUCCACAAUGCAAUGAGUAGUUCAGCUGUCUCUUGGCUGGUAUAAAUUGCUAAAACAGAUUAUCAGCUGGUGCUGGAAUAUGACUGAUCUUUUGCUAUCUGCAGGAAAGAUUUAAGUAAGCUUUUGUAUCUAUUAACUUUCUUCUUAGCUUUAUGGAAGAGGUAGUUCUGAGCUUACAUCGGUGGUUCUACUGCCUUACACAUAAACUGUACCUGGUUAAAUGUAGUGCUAGAAAGUCAGGAAUCGCCAAAAUUUUCCACUGGGAAAAAUUUUCACUUCAAAUUUAUAGCCCCCAACAGGGCAAGAAGAGGAGAUCAUUUGUAUAUACUGCUUGAGCACUGACUAGAUGAAGAAGCUCUCUCUUUUUCCAAUAAGUGAAAUCUUAUACAGAGCACGAAAUCCUGUGCUUCCAUAGCUUCAUUUGUUUUUACUCACUUAAAAAUUGCAACAGUAAGACUUUUUAAAAAGUAAGCAAACUGAUUAUUUUAAGCUAGAAAUUUUUCCUAGUAUUUUGAUAUUUUCUACCUCUUAAGAAAUAACAUAUUUAAGAUGUUAUAUUUAAAAAUUACCAUCUGCCUUAUGGAGAAGUGUAUGGAGUCUUUGAUCUUCCUCUGUUUGUUUGUUAAGUUCAGAUAAAUAUUUAAAUGUCUUGCACUAAAUCAAUUGCAUCCCUUUCCUGUAAUUUUAUAUGUAUGGUUCCAUUUGUGAAACUACUAAACCAUAGGUCAGAAAUUUAACAGGAAGCAAAUGUAGCAGAAGCCUCACUUUUGAAUGAAGAUGGGCAGUAUUUUUGGUUUUCUUCCAUCAAAUCACAAUGUCAUAAUCAUUAACAAACUAAUUUGCAUUUCCACAUAUCUGCAACCCAAGCCUGAUCCAUUAGGUUCUUCUAAUCUGCUCUGUGUGUCUGCAACUCUGGCAGCAAUGCAGUUUUCCACGUGAUAGAUCUGCAUCCUGUCACCACACCCUUUUCUUUUCUUUACAUGCCACUGUAAAGACACAAAACAAACCCAAAUGCUGCCAUGUUAAAUUGGCUUAUGACUGGAACAACUUGACAUGGCAUGGAUGAAGUAGACUCCUAGGAGGACAGACUAAUAGCUUAGAAAAGCUUGCACUUUACUGCAAUUGUGCUGCAUUGUUCUAAAGAAAAUCUAUUAAAAAUGGAUCUAUGUAUUGUAUGUAACAUGAAGGAAAUAUUAUGAAGGUUUUAAAUUAAAAAAAAAAAUCUGUGCUGUCAGAUUAGAUGUAUAUUUUAACUUUGCUUUCUGUUACCUUGAAGCCUCAUUGUCUCAGAGGCAGAUGAAUGCUUUUUUCACCAUUUCUCAUUUUGCCCAGGAUUUCUCCCUCACCAUCAUUUCCAUAAUUUAGUACCAAAGAAGUUAGCAUAAUUAUAUCUAAUUAAUAUCUCUUCGACAAACUUGACUACCAUGCCAGCAUCUUUAAACAAGGCAAGGUUAAAAUCUGGGCUUUGAUUCCAAAGGAAAUAUUAAACUUUGGGGGCUGUUUGGCUUUUCAAGAAAAAUUAGGUUCUCUUCAUGCCUUGUUCCCUUCCUGUCUUUUAUUCUUGUAUUAACUGUCAAAACCUCACACAGAAAUUAGUUGAUUAUUGCAAUUAUCCUUGCUGUUGGUAAUUACAAUUUAUACUAAAAUUAAGGUUCAUUUAAAAACAAAAGAGGGUAGAGGAAAUAAAAUCUUUUAAGAAAAGGAGCAAAAUUUGUGGAGGCUGCAUUAAGCUUGCUCAUUGUCAUAUUUGGCAGCUACUGUGAUACUGCCUGGUCUGAUUGCUGGGUUUGUAUAUUCUGUGUGUGGAGGAGAUUCCCCUAUGUAGGUAUUAAACAAAACAAGUCUCAUAUGGGGUAUUUGAGUAAUUAUUUUUGAGAAAUCAGACUGGCAGUGCCAAGUCUGAUUUCUCUAACACUCCAAACUGUCCAAAAUACAUGGGAUGAAUGACAAGAAGCAUUGGGCUGAGCAGUGCCUUAAUAUAAAAACUUCAUCAAAAUUUCUCUAUCAAGAAAGUAAACUCCAGAAUUUUUAGCACUGUCUCCAUAAAAAUGCCUGAGAAUAAUCCAGGACAUUUCUUAAAUGCAUGAAGCAAAAUCAUUGAACAAGUAAUUGCUCCUUUUGUACAUCUACAAUACACACCUCCAAACACAGUGUAACCAGUUGUGAAUGAUCCUCUCACCCCACGUUCCAACUGCAGUAUAGUUUUCCCUGCUUACUUUUGUAUUAAACAAUUGGGUUUAGUUGUUAAUCUUCUGUUGACUGUAUAUUAAGAAGUGAAAGAAAUUUGUCUUGAUGUUAGUUCUGUGUAUUUCUGCAUGUAAAUAUAUUCAACAUUCACAAAGCUAAUAUAUUCUAUAAAAUUAUUCUUGGUAAACUAUGAAAUUUUGGUAGUUUUCUUCCCUGAAACUUCAGCUGUGUUAAUGGGUACAGAAUUUAUAUUAGCUUUCUGCAGUAUAACUAAGACAACUGUUAUUCUUAAUAACUGACACUGAGGGACUUUUUACUCACUAUUUCUACCCUGACUGGUAAAAAAGAAUGUAUCAGGCAACUUAACUGCUUCCUUUCAUACACAGCUGUGAUCCCCCAGGUGUGUAGCUCAAUGGAUCAGUCUUAAAAUUUCAUGAUGACCCUUGCCUGCUGUUGUGGCUCUCUUAUUUCACGACUUUAUAAACACUGUUUAAUACAAUUUUGGAGGCCAGUUUGAGAAGCACUCGUGCAGCCCUGCCUUUCUGUGUGUGUCUCUUCAUAAAGUAAAAUCCUCACUACAAACUUCCAUCAAGGUGAUGGAGCAACUCAAGCCUUUGGGUGUUGAAAUCCUGCUUCAUUUUUCAAGUUGUAAAGUAUAGAAAUAAAAAAAUCCAGGGAAAUAUUAUACAUAGAAACAGCAACCCACAGCUCUACUUUCAGAUUUGCAGGCUUGAUGCUUAGUUUCUCAUUUUGUGUAAAUGUUUAAAUUUGGGACUACAAAACUGCAUUACUUUUCAGAAGGCAACUCUGGGUAGCAUAAAGUGCCCUUUAGACCCAGUGGAACUAGAAAGCAUCAUUAAUCACUGCAUUCCUUUCUGGAUCUCUGCUCUCUGAGAUAUGCUUGAUGUGAUUGUUUGCAGCACUGAACUACUUCUUUUAGACACUUUUUGAAGUACAGAUCCAGUAGUCUGUACCUAGGUUUUUUAUGCAGAGCUUGGAAAGUUAGAUGCCUGGAAGAAGGACCAAAACCAGCCCUAAUUUUGAUAAGGGAGAUCUGUUCUAACACCAACCAGUUUUCUCUGGAAACAGGGUUGCUGCUUUCUUUUAAAAUCUGGCCCCUGAAGGACAUAAUAGUUGCAAACACAGUCACCUGUGUUACCUGGCAGCUUAGUGUUGAAUCCAGGUCAUGGUAGGAAAGAGCACCAAUGCAUGGGAUCAGAAAUUAGGGCUCCACCAGGGACAGCUUCACAUUGCACAACAGUCCAGUGCUGGUCUCAAAACAAACUCCCCCAAAAAACCCAACCUAACAAAGACCUCACCCCUUCCCAUGCCCCCCACUUUCCCUCAGCUGUUUACAGUCCUGCUCAGGUUUUCUAUGUGGUCCCUUAUUCACUGGCUUGUUUUUCUCUUUAUUAAAAAAACUGAUGAAUAGGAAAACAGUCCAUAGCAACAAAUGAUAAAUCAUACUUAGAGGCUGUAGUUAAAUUCUUUCCCCCAUAAAUUCCUUCUGUAUCUUUUCCUUGAAUGUGAAAAAGACUUUCUUACGCUCUGGAGUCAGACCUGGUAAGGGUAGUGUGCUAUGGAAAUAUGCAGCUGUGUCUGCUCAACAGAUCCUAAUUACAAAUGUCCUUGCAUCUGUGUUUAUGUAAAUCUCUCGUGCUGUCACUCCAAAUGACCAGCUUGGAAAAGCAAGAAACUUUCAACAUAUCUUGUUUUGUUCAGUAUGGCUUCUUUUUUGUGUAAACUCAUGCAGAGGGGGCAAGAUGAAGAGGAUUGCAAAACUUGUCCCAUGGUGCAUUUUAAUAGAGAGAAAGAUGACAUCAAUUCAUCCACAUAACUGAAUACAUCUUGCAAGGGCUAGAAUGAGAUGGUGCUAUUCAGAGGAGUGAUUUUUUUGGUUGAGUGUGUUUUCAUUCAUGAAUUAUUCUUACAAUAAAUUAAAUUCACAAUGUUCACUAACUCAUCCUUUCUAUUUUCUAGCCUACUGGUGGGUGCAACUUACUCCAGCAGCUGUGGGCUCGUAAGAAUUGCACAUUAUCUGGCUUACCUUUUGAAACUUAGCAAAUGCUGUAACCUACCACCAAAUUUAUUACUGUACUGCUCAGUUCUUAGAUACUGUUCUUGCUGUAGCUUUUUGAAAGCAAUAAGAGAAAUUUUCCGCAUAAGUAGUUGGCAUAUCUUAAAGAAUUAUUUUAAAUUAUUCAUUUAUUUUUACUAUAAAUUGUUGAUUUGGUGUUUUUAAUGUGCAAAACAAAACUGUAUUAAAGCUUAAGAGAAUGUGAUGCUGAUCCACAAGAGGUGAUGAUGCCUAUCAGCUCCACAUGUUGGAGAUGAUUGGCAUCCCUGAGAAUCUGAAAAGCUUUGUGUUAACAGUAUUUUGCUAGUUCUAGUAUUGUAAGAACAUCCCACAUAUACGAGGUAUUACAUAAACAAAGUUGCUAAAUGCUGAAUUUGUUGUUUGCUUUGAUGGGGCAUUAGUGAUUUCAGAAUGAGGAACGGUAUCUUAUGUAUUAGAAUUAUUGCUGACUUUCAGAUAUUUGAGAAGUCUCUCUGUACCCAGGACCAUCCCUGUUUUCUGCUUCACUCCAAAUAUUUGUAAUAACAUUGGAGUACCUUGAUGCGCAACUAGAUUUAUUAUUUUUGUCUCUGUAACCAAUUUAGUUAGAUGUUAAUAAAUCAUACUUGCAAAAGGUCACAGAGAACCCUGACUUUUUCCCAGGGGUUGUAAGCAUCUUUCUUCAAAGGUUGUUAGUGGCAGCUGGAGCAAAUCUCACUGCUGUAGUGAUCUGUGCUUUUUGCACUUUGCAAAAUGGCAAGUAGGAAAGAGCUUCCAUCUGCUAGAACGCUUAUUUAUCACUCUAACAGUCUGUCUGGUAGUUGUGUCAUAUUCCAGUUGUACUGCUCUGCACAGCUCUGCUCCACAGCUAAUGUGCCAGACACUAGGGCAGGAGAAGGGGUAGAUAAGCUGAUGGAAUCCAUUUACAGCUGGAAGUUUAUUCUUAAGAGUAGUUUUUAGCAUACAGAUGUGCAGCAUAAAUAUUACGCUUUAGUAUGAAUGUAGAAACCACAAACUAAAUGUUCUCCAUAAAAUAAAUUUUAAAAACAAGGAAAUAUGGUAUUUACAAGGUAAAAUAAAUAACUGGAAAGAAAGGAUAUCAGUGUGGUGUUUUUUCCCUUAGAGAUGCUGAUUUAGGACAGCUCUGCCAAUCAGACCUCAAUGAUGUCUCAUAGUCCCACCAUAUGUGUAUAAGAUGCAAUAGGGAUGGACUAGGAUCUUGCAAAAUAUGGGAAUACAGUGAGUGUAACUCCUGACCAAUGUGAAAUUCCUGUCUGUGUGGUUCCGCAGCACUUUGCAGCCUCAGUGUCUACAAAGAUUUAGUGGGAGGGACCAUGGAGCUUACAGGAAGAGCUGGGAAAACUGUAUCUAUAUACUUGCUACCAUGCAAAAUACCAUUGACUGUUGCACAUGGCAGAAUCAGAAUAGAGGCCAAAAGAAAAACAGUCUUUACAGUGUUUUUUUUGAGAUACAUCCAUUUUAGUUCUAUUGGGUUAAGAACUUUGGAACUUUCUCUUUGUGUCAGGGAGAAUUACUUCAUUGCUGAUUUAUUUCAUAGAGAUCUGAUACAGUUUAAUUGGUAUCUGAAAUAACUACAUAUAGUUCAAGUUGCUGGGAAAGUUCUGGUUUACAGAAGCAGUAGUAUCUUUUUCAUAAUUAUGAAAGGGAGAGGAAGAUUGCAAGGAAGAUUGCUCAUUAUUGGUGCCCCACACAUGAGCACCCAGGGCAGCAGGAAUUUUUCUUACAGAUAAAUGGUUAUGGAAGUGAAUUUCUUAUGACUGCCUCUCAAGCUAAUACCAUGCCAAGUGCCCACAGUGUGGUCAGUGCUACCCAGACAAACCAGGCUGUUCUUCUCUACAGAAGUGCAAGAUAAACUUAGCUUGUGUAGAACUUGCAUCAAAUUUGUGUUUAAGCUCAGUUGUCUUUUCAUUUACAGUAAUCUCUAUUUUAAAGUUGUUUUGCUUACUCCAAAAUGAUUCAAACCUUCAUAGAGUGAGGAAAAACACUGACAGCUAAGCAAAGCUUGCUCAACAUAAUAACCAACACAUCUUGGCUUCUUUGUUGUUGUUUUUUAUGCCUCUAUAAAUUAUAUAUAAAAUAUAUAAUUAUGUUUCUUAUAUUUCUUUCAUGUUGCAAAUGUUGCUCUCUGUGCCUGAUUUAUUGAUUUUUAAUUUAGACCUCUCCGUUUUAUGCCUAAGGAUUUGUAGAGUUACUGUCUGUUUUUAAAUGGGGUUAAAAGCUGGCCAGAAUCCAAAUUCUGAUGUAUACUUAUGAAUUUGUAUCUUUGCUUACUCUGUACCAAGGGAAAUAUUUGAAAUUACUUUGUGCAAACUCUCAUUUGAGGUAAAUCAACAUUGCUCUACUGAGCUGAAUGUAACCAAGGCUUGAAUUAACUGAGAAUUUGUCUCUGUGGGCUCACUAAUGUAAGUUUUUACAGGCUCUUGAAACAGUAAUAAAUUCCUGGGACACAAGAUGUUGUGUAUGAACA